AUGGCUGAACCUCGUGCUCGAAAACAGGACUUUGAAUGUGUGCUAAUAGUACAAAAACCAUGGUUACAUCGCUUGAAAUCACGCUGGAAAGCACGGCAAGAACAUCGUAGAUCACUGGGUUUUUCGGAACUUGCCGUUGGUGGAUUUAGAGUUCUAACUGACUGUAACGAAAUGAUCACUGGUUCUCUAGUUAUUGUUGAGAUAAAGAAUAAAUAUUUUAUGCCAUCACCAAAUGCAAUACUUGAUUCACCGACUAUCGUCCAGGUCAACGAUGAUUUUGAGUACGACACAGAAUUUUGGGAAACCGAGGAAGAAAUCGAACAGAUGUCCUCGAAGAAUAUUGUGAAUAUUAAAGAUUGUAACAACCAAAAGGUUAACCUUCAAUUUCUUCAGGUGGACGACGACGAUUGUUGGAUGACAGAAGAAGAAAUUGAGGUGGUGGAAUUAUCAUCCACCUGUUUGCGUAAUUUUACGACAAAUAAAAUUAAUUAUGCUUGA